CCUGGCGAUAGUCAUCGUUGUGUAUGUACGUAUCUUUCCCACCUCCAACUUUUGAUACCGAGCCGCGACGCUUGUGAAACGGGUUUGGUUUCGACGCGGCAACUGUGAUAGCUUCCUCGACGAGGGGGAAGAUUUGUACGACUAAACCGAGAGAUUGUUUGGUAGUAGAAUAUGCUAAUACUGUAAAUGUCAAACACGAUGAGCUUCUCCAGCGAUGAGGUCAAUUUUUUGGUCUACCGAUACUUGCAAGAAUCCGGCUUCCAACAUUCUGCAUAUACGUUUGGUAUAGAGUCACAUAUAUCGCAAAGCAAUAUUAAUGGAGCUUUAGUACCACCAGCAGCUCUCUUAUCCAUACUUCAAAAAGGACUACAAUAUACAGAAGCAGAAAUAUCUAUAGGUGAAGAUGGUACUGAGCAGAGAAUGGUGGAAUCGUUAUCUCUUAUCGAUGCUGUUAUGCCCGAUGUUGUUGCGACUCGACAGAAUCAAAUCAAUCAACAAAAACAACAGGUGAAAGUUGAGACUCAAGAUACAAAUGGAGAAGAAGUUGUCCCAUCUACUGAAGGUGCAAGUAAUAAUGAUCGAGGUGGCGAUAGAGGAACGGAAAUGGAAGUGGAUGAACAAACGACUGGGGCGACGACAGGCUCCAAUGCAAGUGCCGUUGAAAUUCCUGCUAGUAAGGCCACAAAAUUACGCGGCCAUGAAUCCGAAGUGUUUAUUUGUGCUUGGAAUCCCACUACUGAUCUUUUGGCUUCUGGUUCGGGUGACAGUACUGCGCGCAUCUGGGACAUGUCGGAUAAUUCGCUAGCACCCAAUCAAUUGGUUUUACGUCACUGUAUUCAAAAAGGAGGCACGGAAGUGCCGAGUAAUAAAGACGUUACAUCGUUAGAUUGGAAGUGCGAUGGCACAUUACUCGCGACAGGAAGUUACGAUGGAUACGCGCGUAUUUGGACGACCGAUGGACGAUUGGCAUCCACAUUGGGUCAGCAUAAAGGUCCGAUCUUCGCAUUGAAAUGGAACAAACGUGGCAAUUAUAUUUUGAGUGCCGGUGUCGAUAAAACGACUAUCAUUUGGGACGCUGAAAGCGGACAGUGUACGCAACAGUUUAGUUUUCAUUGUGCACCUGCCUUGGACGUUGAUUGGCAGACGAACACAUCAUUUGCCAGUUGUUCCACAGAUCAGUGCAUACAUGUGUGUAAACUCAAUGUGGAUAAGCCUAUCAAGAGCUUCCAAGGACAUACAAACGAAGUCAAUGCAAUAAAGUGGGAUCCACAAGGAAAUUUAUUGGCUAGUUGUUCGGACGAUAUGAGUUUAAAAAUAUGGUCUAUGAAGCAAGAUACGUGGGUACAUGAUUUACAGGCACAUAGUAAGGAAAUUUAUACUAUCAAAUGGUCUCCGACUGGUCCAGGCACACACAAUCCGAAUAUGAAUUUGACCUUGGCUAGCGCAUCUUUCGAUUCCACCGUUAGAUUGUGGGAUGUGGAGAGAGGUGUAUGUAUACAUACGCUUACUAAACACACUGAACCAGUCUAUAGUGUAGCAUUUAGUCCAGAUGGGAAGUUUCUCGCUAGCGGUAGCUUCGAUAAAUGUGUUCAUAUAUGGUCAACUCAAAGCGGUCAAUUGGUGCACAGUUACAAGGGUACAGGCGGUAUUUUCGAAGUUUGCUGGAAUAGUCGCGGCGAUAAAGUCGGUGCAUCGGCAUCCGAUGGCAGUGUAUUUGUUCUUGAUCUUCGUAAAUUAUAAUUAUGGUAUUAUAAAAGGAAUAUUUUUCAUCGAUUUCGUUAGAAUUUGAGAUUAUAUCAGCCGUUCAACUUUAUUCUGUCAUUUUUCUAUUAUAUAGGGUAAUCCAAUAUCACAAAUGUGCAGUUCUCAGAAAUUUUUUAUGUAAUAAUGUUUUGUUAAAGAUAUAAUGACAGAAAUUUGUGCUAUUGCACAAAAUUUUUUGACAAAAUCUAUGGAUGAAUUUUGUAGCUUAGACAUUUUUUAGUACUUUAG